AUGAUACAGUCAAACACCCUUGAUUGGUCUUUAAAGACAUGAUGGAACAAAGGAGAAAAGAAAGUGUCAGCAAUAUGUAAGGCUUAAGCCAGCAAAGUCAAAAUUAGCUCCUGUAGUAGUGUCCAGAAAAUAAUGGGAUUUCAGUAUAGAUGCUAGAGCAAUGUGCUUGAUUAGCUCAUUUGUCAAGAAGGGUUGCUGUGUCUGAACCUGACAUUUUGGAACAACUGCCAUGUGCAGUCCUAUGGAAAAUAUAAGUCUAGCUGCAAGAUUAUGAAGUGAACUUGCAGAGAAAGUCUGGAAGAGACAUUUAUAGCAACAGCUUAGCUUCUUUGUCCCAGAAGAUCAGAGUGGGAAGAAAGGCGAGGAAGAUCAAAUACAAACAGUAUGAUGGAAGAAGAUUCUUGUGAUCUUGAGUCUUCAAGUGAAGAAUCUGAUGUGUUUUCUCAUGACAGUGGAGGUGAACAAAAUGUUUCCCAUAAAAAAGCUAAUGUUUCUAUAGAAGAUAAUGCAGAAUAUCUGAGGGAUAGAGAUACACCCAUGAAUCUUCCCACCUCAGUUUGUUCUUGUAAAGGUGACCUAAGGACCAGAUCCUGUAGAAGAAUGAAGCCUCACAUCAACAGAGCAACACAUUUGGUUCGUGAACAUCAGGAUCCAUACUACUCUCGGAGUGACAGUAGUGUAAGCGUGGAUGACGUUCUCAACCUGCUACCCAUCUACCCGCGAAAAACACGCCAGCAGUUUCGACGAGAAAAGGAGGCAGCCAUCACAAUUCAGUCUGCCUGGAGAGGUUAUCAAGUAAGAAGGGAUAUUGAUAAAAUGAAUGAAGCAGCUACCCAGAUUCAGGCAGCUUUCCGAGGCUACAUGACACGGAAGGAACUGCCCUUGGGACUGUGUGGGUACGGCAGGACUGACAGACAAAAAUUAAAGAAGAAAAUAAGAGCUGAAAAUGAAAACAAGUGUUUUCCAGUAUUCCUAAAUUGCCUUCAGCAAUUUGGAUUGGCAUCUGGAACACAUGCGGAAAAGCACAAUGUCUCCCUCCCAAGUGGCAAAUCAAGAAGCUGUCACGAACACAUCAUAGAUAACUAUCCUCUUUUGAACCCCAAAGUAUCCUUCUUUGAAAUCAAGUCAGCCCUCAGACCCAACAGGGAAGUGUUCACAUAUACUUCUUUAAAUGUUUUUGCCCCAAGGAUACAAAGAUAUCAGGAUGCUGCCACUACAAUCCAAGCAGCAUGGAGGGGGUACCAAAUCAGACAGAAAGCAAGGCCUAUGAUAUCUGUGGUGAAAAGCCCCAUAAAGUCCUUUACUUCUAACUUCACCAUUAAAAAAGCCUCUUGGAAACGUGCAUUCUCAGUACGUACUAUUGAGGCACAUGAAAUCCAACAGAUCUUUACAAGUUCUAUAUUUGGAAAGGCACCACGAAUUCGAAAUAUUAACAUAAGUACAGUAGUGAAUGGCAUGCCAGCUUCCUCCCAAAAGCCAAACAUAUCCAUACAAGUAUUGUGCCCUAAAGGUGUGGUCCAGGGAUUUCAGAGAGACAUGAGCAGAGGCGCACAGGCGGUCUACACAGUUGAAAGCGAAGGUGCUUCAAUACCAUCUCAGAUUCUUAUUCAUGUCAAUAUGAAAAAGGGAAAGGACGUCCUCUCAAAAACUGAAAAGAAGAUGUAAAAAUUCAGGAGAUGUCUAAUAAAGACCAUUCUUAGAAGUUUUACAUAAACUGAACUGU